GGUGCAAGACCAGCGAGGACGGAGCAAUAGGGGGCGGCCACGGGCUGACAGAGUAGCGCAGGGACUUCCAGGGUGGCCUCUGCCUGAGCCUGCUGACCCGGAGCUCACUGCCCCGGGACCUGGAGCCAGAGCUGCUCCGUUCCUUAGUCCACCCGCUAGGUCCAAGUGUCCUCGUUCGAGGACCCCCCCUCCCGGGGAACUACAAGUCCCAGAGCGCCCUGCGCCCUGCACGUGACCCGGCGGUUCCGGCUUCAGCAAGGGCCCUGGCGGUAGAGGACGAAAGUUGAGGAAGAGCUGCAGUCCCUUGCCUUCGUAACGUCGGUCCCAAACAUUUUACCAGCGCUGCUUGUGCCACUCACUGGGGAACCAGAGCUUCCCUAGCCCAGCCCUGGAGUGACUGCGGGUUCGGGGAACAGACCACUGCACCCCAGCGCCGUCGUUCACACUGUUCAGGAUGUCGGCACGCCGAGGGGGUUCCAGAGGGUGUCUCUGUCUUGUCUUGCCCAGGGUCGCACAGCUUCCGCUGCCUGAGGAUCACUAACUAUGAAUCGAACUGGUGGGGUGGGAGGUUCCGGGCGGCAGUGUGGGCAAGACCAAGGUAGGAAGCUGGCCCUCGUUAGGGUAGAAAUGUAAAAUGGAGGGAAACUGGGGUAUUCGGUUGGACUCAUCUCCCUGGGUUUGCUAGGCGCCCGCACUGCUGCAGUACCCGGUUUUCAUCUCUGGAUUAUGUGAUACUGCCUGCUCCCACCUCUACAGACCCUGGGAGUCACAGUGACCAGAGGUGCAGGGGGAAAGGAGUCAGAAAGAUAAAACUGAGGUGGAGAGAAGUCAAAUAACUGAUCCAAGUCAAAGCCGGAGCCAAGUAACUGCUGACUUGAGCCCCAGAUCUAGGAAUACCUUUACAGACACCUCAGCCUCCCACCUUGUGGGACUUCUUUUUAGGGGAGACACUUCUUUUUAGGAGAGACAAAGCUUGGAGCUCAGAUGUGAGGGUGAUGUGUUCAGGCAUGCCCUGAGCGGAGAGGACAUCAGUCCCCACCCUGGGUUGAGAGGCUCUGGGCUCAUAUCUGUGAUGACCUGCGGCAGCUGGAAGGUCUGCGUCCUGAACUGGCUCCACCAGGCUGUGUCCCUGGGUGAUCGAUCCCUCGAUCUCUGUAUUCUGCAAGCUCCACCUGGGAAGGCUGUUGGGCUCUAUGUCUGGAGGAGGAUUGGAGGGGUCUUAGAAGAAAGAAGUGGGGUGCUUUCUGACCCUGAGGGAGGAAUGGAAGCAGUCAGCUGUCCAAGCUCUUAGGUGUAAGGGAGGGGUCCCUCACCGCUUCUUUCUGCUAAAGUGGAAUCCCUUGCAUCUGAAGAGGCUUGGGGAUGGCAGCUGGAAUGUAACAUCCAGGGCUUUGCACUUGGAGGCGCUAGGAUUUGAAUCCUCUGCUGCUCGUCCACCGGUCUGUGGGCCUCUACGGUCUACCUUUGCCUUGGGACAUCUGUGCUUUUGACUAUUGAGCAAACCUUUGGGGACUCUGUUUUGGCAUUUGUAUUUGGUUCCGAUGUGAGAUUAGAACAUGAUCCAGGUUUGCUCCUUGAUGGCUGAGUCCUACCCCCUCACCCAUUUCCUCAUCUGUAAAAUGCUGGCACCCAGUUCUCAGAUCAUUGGACCAGUGAAAAGAUGAUCAGGAUGGGACUUGCCUAGACUGUGCAGGAGACCCUAGAACUCUAAUUUCCCCCACAGAACCUCACUGCAGAUGCUUGGGUAAGAGUGAGCCCCCAACCCUGACCUGUGGUUUCUGGAGCCCAGUGGGCCACACUUCCUGGAUCCGAGGCCAGGAGAGGCACUUCCUGAGCCACUUUCAUCAGCUGUGAGAUGAAAACAGAACCUAUCUUUAAGUGGGCAGGGGUGGAGUUGGAGUGAUGGGAAUGAGGCACACGUAUUCAGGCCACAUCGCCACAUUGGGAUCCCAGAGCAGACCUGCCGGUUAACCUGAUGGGGGGGGGGGGGCGGAUUUCACAGGAAAGCGAACUCAUGGCUUCUCUGGAAAAUCUGGUAAAAUUGAGCCUCCUUCCCACUUCCCCCAGAGUGAUUCUGCAUGUCCCCAGGAAGGUUUUUCAGAUCAGGAUGAGAUGUGUUACUGGCCUCUGGCCCUGGGGGAAUCCUGAGCGGCUGUGAAAUUUGCUGAGGGCCUCGUGAGCUAGAAGGGCAGGGUUCUAGCUCACGCAUGAGAGAACACAGGGUAGGGUUUUCCUGGCCCUGUAGCAUCAGAAGUUAAGAGUCAAACCCAGAGCCCCUUCCUUAGGCAUCUGCCACCCAGUGUGAGCCAGACCCUGCUGGGGUGGGGGAGCAGUCCUUUGGAGAUAGCUUCUGCUCUUGUGAUGCAGUGUGGUAGCAGUCUUGCUGUGUAUUAAGGAAGCCAAAGCAGAUGACUGCCAGGAGACAGGGCAGGGAGGCUCCGAGGAGACAAUCUUUGAGCUGAAUUCAAAGGUUGAGCAAGAUUUUGCCAGAGGUAAGGGAUGAUGAUGAUGUUUUAAGUAGAAUUGUAUAGUCAGAGGUUUAGUAGCGUUAAAGUGCAUGAUUGUGGGUGAGUGCUUUCUGAGGCUGUAGGGCUGGCCUCGCUCUUCUCACUGUGGCCUUGGGCAAGUCAUUUCACUCCUUAGGCCUCAGAUCCUUACCAUAAAAUAAGUGAAGACGGAUGAUAGUGCUUUUAAAAAUUCUGAAUCCCCUUAGGCCAGCGGGGGGGGAUUAUGGAGACAUGAAGCGAAAUGACUGACAGGGCUGUGUGCAAAUUAAACAAUAUGAAGUGAAGGUUAAGGGUAGGUCUAGCCCUGAGUUCAGAGAUGAGGGAGUUCUGUACAAACUGGAGACCCCAGAGCUUCCUGGAAGAGGUGAGAGGAGAACAGCCCCAAGGACAGAGAAGAGGAAUAGACUGGUAGAAAGUGAGAGAGAGAGAGAGAGAGAGAGAGAAGCUCAGGCAGGGAAGGUCAACGGGUGCACCAUCAUGGUUGUGGGAGGACUGGGGAGAAGUGAGCCUGAAAGGGUGGGGGAAGUUUGUUAAUUACAGCCUAAACGGCAGGCAGCAGGGAGCCAUUGCAUGUUCUAUCCCUACAGAGGCAAGCAGUGGGGUGGUUUUAAUAAGGUAGCCUCUUUCAAAGACGGAACGAUUUUCUAAUUGCUUUUACAUAGUGGGAAAAAUAAAAGGUUGGAAGGGAUAUAGGAGAGUUGAGAAGUUGGCUAGAGAAAGGUAUAACUGUGUACAUUCCCAUUCAUUCUCACCUAGUUUUAACUGAUGGAUAGAGUUUGGCAGGGAACAUCUAUAGUACUGCAUCAUGAACUUGAUCUCCUGUGCAUACACAUCUGCAAACCACCCCUGGGUCCCAUCUUCAGUCAUUGCGUUGCUGGCUGCAUAUCCACAGUGCUGUAACAGACUGUUGCUGGUCUAAACAACACUUGGAUAAGCAUCUCUGUUCCUCAAACUUCCUUCUGGAUUGUUUCCAUUGGAUACCUUUCCUGAAAGGGGAUUUUCUGACUUUAAGGGAACAAGCAUUUUAAUGCCUUUAAAGACUUAAAACAUACUUUUACAGUAAUUUUCUGUACAAUUUUCUAUAGGUGAUAUGAGGGUUUUUCUCUUUUUUAUUAUUUUUUCAUCAUGAAAAGUGUACUCCUUAACCCCCAUAUCCUAUUUCAUCCAUCCCCCUCCCCAGAUUGUACAUAAGCAUAUACAAUAAAAAGUCUGUCCUUCUGACCCGGUACUCUCUUCCAGUUCUCCCUGAGAACAAGUGUUAGUCCCUGAUACUUCUUACAGAAAUAUGCUAUGAAGAUAUAUAUCCAAUUUCAGAAAAAUUUAUACAUACUGUUACAUUCUUUUCAGGAAAUUGCUUUCCACUUUUAUUUUUAAAUUUGGGAUUAUGAAGUACACCACAGAAGGAUAGAAAACAGCACCACUACACCCCCAGUAGCCCAGCACAAAGGUGUAACAAAUACGAACAUUUUGCACUGGCAUCUUGUUUAGGGCUGUCCUGGAAGUGGCCCUGAGUCAGUGCAGCCCCAUGCAGAAGAGUCGAGUUUUUGGUUAUAUGCACUCAUCAUUCUUUCUGCCUGUGCCCAGCUCUGGGAUAGAGUAUUACUGACUUUUUAUUCUUAAAUAAUCGAUGUGGAGGGAAUACUCCACUUUCUAUAAUGUAUGCCCCAGUAUUAUUAGGCAAAGAAGAACGUAGCUCAGCUGUACUUUUAGCUCAGUUAUCUGUUCAGCCACGCUUCCUAGCGGUGUGACCUGGGGUGAAUGACACUCCCCUUGAUCCUCUUUACCCAUCUGUAAAAUGUAGCCAUCCCUUCGUCUCAUCGUUGCUGGGAGGAGUACAGUGGGAAACAAGGCUCCACUGGGUUUAGUUCCCCAAUACCCUUAAGCAUGGAGCCCUCCGUUGGGAAGACCAACCUCCCAUAGCCACGCGCUGAACACGACUAGCGCCGGACUACUGCAGCUCAAGCUUCAAACUGUUCCCCGCCCCUUUCCCGGGCCACGCUGGGGGCGGGGCGGUUAAAUGUCUCUGUGGCGUCAGCGCACGCAGGGCCAAUCGCCCUGCCUCACAGGCGUUAGCCCGUUUGCAGGGGCUGCCCACUAUUGGUCCGUUGGGCAACCUAGGCCGUCCCAGCUUUUUAAAGCUGCCGCGUAGUAUAAACAAGGAGAUGUAGGGCGGCCAGGCCAUGAUGUCAUCGCGGCGCGGCAGCUCUUGGGGCUGACGUCAUCUCCGGGGAGGUUGCCGACCCAAGGCUGUUAGAGCCUUCCUAACCCUCUCGGGUUGGUUUAAGAGUCCGCUGCUGCCCGUCGAAGGUCAGUCCCAUUGCACUUCAGUGUCUCAGGCGGCGCCCCGUCCCGGAAGAGAAGACCAUGACACAGGUUGUGAGCCCAGGCCCAGCCCCUCCACCCCUGUGCCACCCCUGAUGCGACCAUGGGCUCUGGCAGUGACUAGGUGGCCACCCUCUGCCCCUGUGGGUCAGCGGCAAUUCUCUGUAGGACCCAGCAGUACCCCGGGCCAGCUCCGGGGAAGUCCUACUGGGGCCUCCUCUCUGUGGUGCAGCCCCCGCCGCGAGGGCCCCCUAGCCAGCCUGCCUGCCCAGGAUGAGCGCUUACCCUCCCAGCAGCCACCGUCCCGACCACCACACCUCCCUGUAGAGGAGCACCGAGCCUCGGCUCCUGCCGGCAGGAGCCCCCGAAUGCUGCACCCAGCCUCCCAGCAGAGCCCGUUCAUGGUUGAUCUCCACGAGCAGGUGCACCAGGGACCUGUCCCUCUGUCCUACACAGUCACCACAGUGACGACCCAAGGCUUCCCCUUGCCUACAGGCCAACACAUCCCUGGCUGCAGUGCCCAGCAGCUCCCAGCAUGCUCCGUGAUGUUCAGCGGGCAGCACUAUCCCCUCUGCUGCCUCCCACCCCCGCUGAUCCAGGCGUGUACCAUGCAGCAGCUCCCUGUGCCCUAUCAGGCCUAUCCCCACCUCAUUUCCAGUGACCACUACAUCCUGCACCCCCCACCACCAGCCCCACACCCUCAGCCUGCCCACAUGGCACCUCUUGGGCAGUUUGUAUCGCUGCAGGCCCAGCAUCCGCGCAUGCCCCUGCAGCGGCUUGACAAUGAUGUGGACCUGCGAGGGGACCAGCAUCCCCUGGGGAGCUUCACCUACUCCACCUCUGCUCCAGGCCCAACCCUGUCCCCAUCCAUGCCCCUGCACUACCUGCCCCAUGAUCCACUGCACCAGGAGCUAUCCUUUGGUGUGCCAUAUUCCCACAUGAUGCCACGGAGACUGAGCACCCAGAGAUAUCGCCUACAACAGCCGCUGCCCCCGCCACCCCCACCGCCACCCCCGCCACCGUAUUACCCCAGCUUCCUGCCCUACUUCCUCUCGAUGCUGCCAAUGUCACCAACAGCAAUGGGGCCCACCAUCAGCCUGGAUCUGGACGUGGAUGAUGUGGAGAUGGAGAACUAUGAGGCCCUCCUGAACCUGGCAGAGCGGCUAGGAGAUGCUAAGCCCCGAGGCCUCACCAAAGCGGACAUUGAGCAACUCCCAUCGUACCGCUUUAACCCAGACAGCCAUCAGUCAGAGCAGACGCUAUGUGUUGUCUGCUUCAGUGACUUUGAGGCGCGGCAGCUGCUCCGAGUCCUCCCCUGCAACCACGAGUUCCAUACCAAGUGUGUCGAUAAGUGGUUAAAGGCCAACCGGACGUGUCCCAUUUGCCGGGCUGACGCCUCCGAGGUGCCCAGGGAGGCUGAGUGAGGCCCAUGGCCGCCCAGGAUAACCCUGCCCGAAGCUCUGGAAGCUCGGACUGGGGAGACCUGAGGAGGACGGGAAGGGAGUGGCCCAGGCCUGCCCCGUCAUUCCCGCCUGCAUCUCCAGAGCUGGUGCCAGGGUCAGCCCGAGAGAAGCCCCUGCAAUAAGCCCCUGCAUUUGCCAAGCUCCAAAGACUCCUGCCCCGAUCUGCCUGCCAGUCUGCCCACCACGGAGCUGCCUGAGUGUCCCUAAUCAGUCUCCCUCCUGUUGCCCUCAAGUCCAUCUCCUUUCCUGCCAGCCCUGGGAGCCAGGAGUCCAUCCCCCACCCCAGCGCUGCUGGGGGAGAUCUUUGGCCCCAGGGUAGGCAAAGGGGGGUCCAUCCUGGGUUGCCUGGUCUCCUGCACUGAAAUGGUGUGCCAUCUGAUUGGGUGGCACUGACAGGCAUGUGGACAGAUGGUGGCAUGAGGCCAUUUCUUGAGCCCCAGGCCUUGGUCCUCCUGCCUUGACCCCAUACAGAUUCAGGUAGCCAGCUCCACGCAGUCUGCUGUGAGGGGUGGGUCUGGCUCCCUCGAGGACCAUCACCCCAAUCACAACAUUCCAGCCCCACCCCCAGGCUGGAGGGCACCAGAGCCAGCUUCCUGACCAGAUGGGGAGACAGGCCCUGAGCUGAGGUGGCAUGUAUCCUGAGGGGGCCUGGGCCAUGCAGGGGAGAGUGACCUCCUAUGUUUCUGGUGGUCAUCUCUCCCUGACAGUAAUGGGGGCCAGACCCAUGCCCAAUCUUCCCUCUCUGUUGUUUUGCAUGAACAUGAGGAGCAGCAGUUUUUGUUUA